AUACAUUGGCGCGUCCGCUGCGCAAGGUAGGUUGGAUUGAUCACCAUAGUGCCGUUGUGUGUUGGGUGACCUUCCUUCGACGUUGGCUUGUCUGGAGCUCUCAAGUGAAGUCGGCCUCGAAGUCGAACCUAAAACUAGUCACGUGUGGCCGGAAGGCUGAGGAAUGGGAAGCUACGAGGCACUUGCCCCUCCAACACCCUUACAUUGUCAACAAUAAUCUCUCAACUACCCACAAGCUCUGCCCCCCUACGUCCAAAACCAAAAUCACCCUCAGGAUCCUUGAUAUACUAUCGCGAAUAUGCCAGCCAUCCGCCAUGCAUCUAAACGCAAAGCUCCUCCAGUGGGAUUCUCAGACAUAGAAGACGACCUCCUAAUCUUCAGCAACAAGAUGAAAGACGCCGAAAACGCAUCCACCGUCAACGUCCCUCGACAUCAAGUCCACUGGCCUAUAUUUCAAAUCUCGCAUCAGAGAUCAAGAUAUGUGUACGAGCUGUACUACGAAAAGGAGGCUAUUUCAAAGGAGCUAUAUGAUUACCUAUUGAAGAAUGGCUAUGCGGAUGCGAUGCUGAUCGCUAAGUGGAAGAAGACGGGGUAUGAGAAGGUAUGUGACAUCGGUCCUUUCAGGAUAUAGUAGAGAAGGGAGAUGCGCAGAACAAUAAAGCUAACCUUUCGGAAUAGUUGUGCUGCUUACGGUGCGUACAGACGAAAGAGACCAAUUUCAAUUCUACAUGCAUUUGUCGGGUUCCAAAGGCGCAGAUGAAGGAAAAUCAAAAUGUCGAAUGUGUGAGCUGUGGUUGCAGAGGUUGUGCUUCUAGCGAUUGAGAGGCGAUGGCCAUAUUCGGAAAAAAAUAUGGAGAUUGCGGUCAGAUAAUGAGUUCGUAAUGGGAGAAUGGGUUAGUUUCUGCUUCGGUCUUCUGGGAGAUACCACUACUGGAGUUCUGGGAGAGAAAUGGGAUGCUGUGUACAGCUUAGAGAAGACUUGAAAAUCCUGACAGGUUGGAGGAGUCUCAACUAGGGUCAAGUAGCUCAUCACAAGCUGCUUUGCGACGAAGUGAUUUUAUGGAGGUAUGGAUACAGUUGAUCCUUUCAUAAGGUUCUAACCCCUACUCAGGUCAACGUUUUCCUUCGUCUUUACUGACUUAUGAAGGACAAUCCAAGAUUAUAAAAUCCAUCAAAUUGAAGCCAUUGAAAAAGUCCUUCCGUGAGACUUGUAAGGUUAUUUACUCGCCCAAACACCUCACAUAAGCUACACCACCAAUCGCGUUUUGUUUCCACCAGUCGCCAGUGGCAUAUUUUAGCGAACCCCUCUUUUACAACCAUCCCCUUUUCCCUUUUGCUUUCUUUCUGAAACAUGGAUGCCAUAGCUCCGGGUACCUUUCACGCUGCUUUACCAAAAGUCUAGACGCUAGGAUCAUAUAUGGGGAACCUUGUCCGGUACUGCCACGUCGGGCGCAUAGACGAACGCUACGGAAAUAGCUUAUUAGCAUAAAUGCCGUGAAAAUUGGUGGCAUCAAAACCCCUUUCUGCCAGUGAUCGUCACUUUAGUUUGUUGCACAUAUUGGGCAUCGUUUCUGUUACAGUACCAUGGGUAGUUGGUGAUCUUUGGACUUUUGGAACGUAGCAUAGCCUACUUUGCUUCAAAGUAUUCCGUAUCUACUGAGUGUGAGCCACAUUUUUCGCGUGUGAACUUGGGGGAUGUCGAGUUUUGGUGCGAUGCGAGUUAGCCUGAUUUUACGAAGUACAAUUUCAUUUUCACCAUAAAAAGUAAAACAUGCAUAUUUUGAACUUUCCCAAUUCAGGCUAUCCAGGAGUGAAAUUAAGGUGGUCCUGUGGAUCAGUGAAUGGGAUCGACCACUAGCGUCCCUUCAGCCUUGUGUCUUACUUCACAAUACGAAGUACUAUUGAACUUCGUCAUUCAGCCUCGACUACAAGGCUCUACCUCGUUCAACCAAUAUAAAGAAACUCCCAUCACAGGCGCUCAUUAGAGCUUACCUAAUAGUCCGCUGAUCCUGACAACAGCACAACCAGAACGGAAAUUGGAAUACCAUCUGGAGAAGGGAGAAAGAAGAAAAGAAACGAUGGACACCAACAAGACCCCACCACCCCUCCCUCCCUCCAACGCAGAACCCAAAUUCGGAGGCUUCACACGCUUUGAGAUUGAACUCGAGGUACACCUCCUCUCUUCCUCCCCCCUUCCCCUCUCCUCUUCCUUCCUUAUUACCAACUAACUCCCCUCAGUUCGUCCAAUCCCUCGCCUCACCCUACUACCUAAACCACCUCGCAACCCUCAAAUACCUCGAGAAUCCAGCGUUCGUCAAGUAUCUUGAGUACUUGCAGUACUGGAGUCUGCCCCCGUACACCAAGUACCUUACGUAUCCCGGCCCGACUCUCAAGAAUCUGGAGUUGUUGCAGCGGGAGAGGUUUCGGAGGGAUAUUAUUGAUCCGAGUGUGGUGGGACGGUUGGUGGAGGAGGGGAGGAGGGCGGCGGUGGGGUGGCCUUCUGGGUGAUGUGUUUGGGUGGGUUGGAGGUUUUGGAAGGGGGAGAUGAUGGCUGAGGGGGUUGUUUAUGGUGUUGAGGGCGUUUAUCAUUGGGCUGGGAAACGGGGGUUUGGUUGGGGAACUGGGGUUUUCGUGGGAUGUAUAUGGAAGGUAUUUGCACAAUUGAAGAAGUAUAGGACGACUUCAUAAAACAUAUACAAAGUUGCGGGUAUUAUUGGCAGAAGUGCAAUUAUAUCACACCAUCUCCUACCUGUAAGUCAGAAAUCCAGAGAUAUUUUUUCCGGAACGCCACGCUAAAUCGCAAGAAAACCGAAGACUUUCCCCCCAAAUCCCCCCAAUAAAAAGCCCACAGUACUGCACAUUCAAUACCAUUCAAUAUUCAUAUGCGUCACCGAAUUACCCCUAAUCUCUCCAUCGAUUCCCACAAGUCAUACACUACAAAAGUCAGCUCCCGUUCCCUAAACCCCACCCCGCAAAUCCAACUCACUCUAUAAAAAUUCGUCAUAGGCUCAUCAGCACUCCUAAUCUGAAUCGAAUAAAAAGCUGCUUCUGCACCAUUACAGCCGUCCUUGGGACACUGCACAGGCGUCUUGUCGGCGUUGUCAAAUUGAUUGGCUCCCCCAAAGACAUCGUCCUUCUCGACGAACGUAAAGUUCUUGCGCUCGAAGAAGGACUGCUCGAUGAUCACGUAUUGGUAGGGACAGGUGCGACAUUCCAUGCGGUUUUUUCCGCGCUCUUCUUCGAUUGGGGAGUCCAUGGGGACUUUGGAGACGGAGAGGACGUUGGAGCAGUUGGGGCAGACUGGGGGAAUGUUAGUUCUUUUGGGUUGUGAGAUUUAGAAGGGGGGGACAUACAGAGUAACAUUUUGAUUGUUAGUUGUAGGAAGUCGUUCAAAUUGAAGUUGUGUUGCACUCGCAGGAUUUCCCAG